CUUCACACUUCGGACAGAAAGCAUGACAAAGCGUUUGUUGGUUUGAUGUGCUAACUUUUGGUUUGAUUUUUUGUCUGCCGAAUUUUGGAACAUCCGAUGUCACAACUUUUAUUCUGUUGAUAGGAAUUCUAACGGCUGAAUUUGAAGGGUAUACUGUGAUAUUUCCAAGAUGCCACCACGCGUCGAUGACAUAAUGAAACUAUGUUGCGAACUAUCUGCAAAUCAGCAAGUGAAGACAACAGUGAAGCAGUCUGGUAAAGGGGCAGCGGCAGCCGGUGGUCUUGCUUUUGCAGGAGGAUUAAUAGGAGGUCCUCUGGGCAUUGCAGUGGGUGGGGCUGUUGGAGGUCUGCUUGGCUGCUGGAUGACAAGUGGACAGUUUAAACCUCUCCCCCAGGUUAUCAUGGAACUGACACCAGACCAGCAGCGCAGGCUUUAUGAGGAUGUUAUGGGCAUUUUAGACUCAAUAACAUGGACUGAUGUUGCACAGCUGACUGCCCUUGUAAUGGGAAAUGCCACACUCCAGCAGCAGGUGACUGCUACCCUUCUUAGCUAUAUUCAAAGGGAGCUUCAAGCGGAGGUGCACUAUGUAGAUUGACACCAUCUUUUUGUCAACAUUUUAAAAUCGUGUAAUCAGAUGUUGUUGAUUGAAGGCUUGAGUACUGUAAUUGUAAUUGGCAGAUGAAAUUUUAUAUAUGAAGUUGACAAGGAAUGCAUAUUUUUCUUGAAAAUAAUUUCCUUGGAUAAUGUGUGGUUUGUUUUCAGGGCAUAUCAUGAUUAAUAACUAUUUAAUGGUGGUUUGGGGUGUAUCUCUUUAAGGACGCAGUUUACAGUUUUGAACAAAUGUGACUAUGAUAUUGUUGAAAUUUAUUUAAUGAUUAAAAUAUUAUUAUUAUUUUUUUUA